AUGCCGAAGCCCUUGGCGGUCCAGAUCAAGUUCAUGUUUGAUCGAUCAAAUCUUUCUUCACAGAGGGAUUAUGAGCUCCAAAAUUCAGAAGCGAGAUCUCACAUCGCGAAGAUCGUCCAUAUCCGAAAGCAGAAGACUUCACCACCGCAAAAGAAAGCCCGACCCAUUCCAGAUCGAAAGCACAGUUCCGAGACCGAGACCGACAGUUCCGAAUCAUCUACUGAGAUCACUGUGGCUCAAUCGACAUAUGCACCUUCCCUUCUCAGCACCCACUAUCUCGAUCCGCUUUUCAAUGUUCCUCAUCCCAAGGAGCGAUCAUUCUACAAGGCUAUGGAUAUCUGGUUUCAGUGGAUCCUACCCAGCGCCGCGCCCGCCUUCAUCAUUUUCAAUGUAGGGAACAUGUUUGCAUCUGUGAGUUGUACCACCGCAUCCGAGUCGGAGUACAGAGGGUUCGAAAAUUUUGACCUUGGUAUGCAACAGUACUUUUCGAGUCCGGGCUGUCAAAGUGAAGCUGCACAACACUGCAUAGCCGCUCUUGCAUAUGGCUGUCUUGAACAACAUCGGCAGGAGACCAUGAGCUGGGAGUAUGACUAUCGCCAGGAGCAGAUGAGACACAAUGGAGCCGCGCUUGCCCUUCUCAAGAAAGACAUUGCCUCAAAUAACUUGACCGGAAAUAGCCCCACCACUAUCAAUACCAUUUUCUUACUGAGUUUCCUUGCGGUAAGAAACAUGACCACGAGUAAAGAUUCAAGGGACGUUUGA